UUUCCUCUCUGUUUUUUUAAUAGACUGGCGCGCGCUGUUCAAAACAGUGAAAGAAACGCGGGCAGAAAGCACAGCGACACACGUUAUUGCGACAUUUAUUGUUUUUUUCUAGCACGACAGAAACGUGUUUGGGAGGAAGAUGAUACCCACUGCUACCAGGAAGAGGAAGCUCUCCCCGCUGGAUUCUGACAGCCACCCAGCCAAGAACAGGGUGAGGGAGAAGUUGUCCCCCUUGAAGAGGACCUCCCCCAGGAGGCGCCCACAGUCUCCGACUAAGAAAAAACCAGUUGGGCAGCCAAACAAGAGGAACUCUACCUCGCCGCAGAAAUACCCCCGAAAAGCAGCCGGCUCUCCAGCCAAAUUACCUCAGAAGUCUCCCUUCAAACCUUCAAUGGUUACAACUUCCUUCUAUGGCCUGAAGAAACCAGUCUAUCUCACUCCACUCGAGAGGAAGGCACUCAAGGACUCGUUGCCUCCUCCUCCACCUCCUCCUCCUGUUGUUCUGCCUUCACCUCCUUCCCAGAAGAAAAAGACUCAUAAGAAGAGUGUUAAAGGAGGCAGCAAGCGGAGAAAGGUGUCUGCAGUAUCUAGUAAUGUGUGGAAGACUGCUCUCACAAGCAAUGCGACCCCAAAGACGAUCAAACUGUCCAAACCCAACAGCAGUGUUGCCGCUACGCCAGCGUCCAGUACAAUCGCUGCUUCGGCCAUCGGCAGUAAACCAGCAGAGUCCAGGAAAGCAGCCAUCCAUACCGUCGGCAGCCUGAAGCCCAAACCCAAGAUCUUUGUAGGAGCUGCUUUCUUCAGUACUGGCAAGAAACUAACAUCUAUGUACAAGAAAUCUGCACCGAAAUCUUCAACCAGCAAAGCUUCAGUCCCGAAAAGCAAACCUGUCCAACUGCAGACACAAAGUGAGAAUUUGAGGCCCGCGGCUCCACCGACGACCCAACAGCCGAAACCCUCUAAUGAGACGGAUGUUCCGCCGGUCGAGACAGAAGAGAACUUGCAAAGUACCAAGCGGAGAGAAAAGUUUGAUCUGUUGGACUGGAUGGAUCCAAUUGACGAACUGCCUGUAACUCCACAAACAUUCAGUUCUCUGAAAAGGUUGCCAGAGAAAUAUGGAAUUACCAAGGAACUGACGAUUGUGUUGGCAAGGACGCCAACAGCAAGUCCCUCAUCCACGGCUGUGUCCCUCAGUACCGAGUGUGGCGGCUCUGGAAUGGCGUUUGAUCCGAGUAAGCAAAAUCCCAACGUUUUGGCUGCCAGCCCACCCAAAGAGACGGGAGGGAUGUAUCCCAUCUUCGGCUCUGCCUCAAAGAGGUUAAGAAAUGCAGCGCUGCGUCCGCCGGCGUCCUGCAGCAGCCCCCCCGGCCCGAUAACGCCCCUACAGACAACGUCUUCACUCAAAGAACGACCCGUCCGCAGGAGGAAAGAGAAAGCGGAUGAUGACCAGCUUAUUAUCGAUGCAGGACAAAAGCAGUUUGGCGCGACGACCUGCAGCUCAUGUGGGAUGGUUUACAGCGCGGACAACCCAGAAGACCAUUUCCAGCACACGCAGUUCCACCAGCGCUUCCUCGACUCCAUCAAAUUUGUGGGCUGGAAGAAGGAGCGGGUGGUGGCCGAGUUCUGGGAUGGAAAAAUCCUCCUCGUCAUGCCAGACGAUCCCAAAUACGCCAUUAAAAAGGCUGAGGACGUGCGCCGCGUAGCGGAUAGCGAGUUGGGUUUCCAGCAGGUGACCCUGAGCAGACCCACGCAGGCCAAAACGUACCUGUUCAUCAACACGGAGCGCAUGGUGGUGGGCUGCCUGGUCGCUGAAUCCAUCCGCCAGGCUCACCGGGUCCUCGAGCAGCCAAACCAACCAAAGGACAUGACAAAGGACGACUUCAUGGAGCGACACCGCGCCUGGUGCUGCGACACCACGCCGGAACAAGCUCUGUGUGGGAUCAGUCGCAUCUGGGUCUUCAGCCUGGCCAGGCGGCAGGGCGUCGCCACGCGCAUGCUGGACACCGUCAGGAGCACCUUCAUGUACGGCAGCCAUCUCACCAAAGAGGAAAUCGCUUUCUCUGACCCGACGCCUGAUGGCAAAUUGUUUGCCACAAAGUACACCAACACACCGACCUUCCUCGUUUACAACUUUGUGGCAUGAAGCGACGCUGCUGUUACUGUUUUAACGGACUUGUUCAAUUGUUUUUCAGCUGCAAGACUGUUCAGGUUUUUUUUUUUAAAUGUUGAUUCUUCUAUCAUAGUAUUGGUGUCCAAGCUUCUGUCAGAGUUCUACUACGUUCUGUGUUCACGAGACACCUGUUUUCCCACUAUGUAGUUGACUGGUUUAUUUGCACUGUUCUCUUCUCAGGUGUUUAUGUUCAGCUUGAUGAACUUGAAGCUGCAGUGUGUGAAAAUAUGUCCCCGUUUUUUAAAGAUGCCACAAACGUCCUUUUUGCUACACAUGCAUUCAAAUGUUCAUUGUGGUUUGAUUCUAGACAGGAAAAUCAUAAAUCUUAUGAAAGAGGGAUGCCGUUCUACUUUGUAAAUACACUUAAUAAACAGCUCGUUUCAUGAAUCAAAA